CCCCUUUGUCAUUCAAGAACAUACCAAGCGCUCUUGUUUCAUCGUAUAAGUACAUACCGGACAUUCACUUAAUCCUCUGCUUAGUGAGUCCGCUGCAGGCACUGAAAAUCUGCUAAAAGGAAUCCAAAGCCGUUUUUCUACCUAAGAAGGGAUAUACUGAAGUCCCUUGCUCUACGUCACUGCUUCGCUCUUGCCUUCGCCUGGAGGUGGCAUGGAAAGACUUCUUGUGGUCCUGGGGCUCCUUGUGGGGACGGCAACUGGAGCUAUGGAGAUGAAGAGAAUUCCUGUGGUGGGAGUCUCAGCGGUACAUGGAGGGGGGGCAGCGCUCCCUUGCGACGUGUAUCACCCACCAGAGGACACCAUCAACCUGCUUCUGUGGUUUCGAGAUCCUCUUACCACACCAAUAUACAGGCUGGAUGGGCGGCAGGAGGUGGAGAUGGAGUGGUGGGACAAGACGAGGUUGGGUUCCCGCGCCGCCCUUCAGGUAGGCGCGUCUCUGGCCUUGCUGCGCCUCGCCCCCCUCACCGACGCUGACCAGGGCCUCUACACCUGCCGUGUCGACUUCAGGAGCCAGCCCACCAAGACUACACGUGUUAAUUUGACGUUAAUUGUGCCGCCGGCCAGCGUGAGUGUCCUGGUGGGGGAGGGCGUGGAGGGAACCAACACACCACUCCUGGCCAGUUCUGUGGUGGGGCCUUACCUGCUGGGGGACGUGGUCGUGUUCACCUGCAUCGCCCAUGGAGGCAGACCGCGCCCCUGGGUUGUGUGGGCGGAGGGCUCCAGGGUGGUGGACGCAGAAAUGGAGUCGGAAUCAUACACGAACAUCACGGACACGCUCACGGAUAACAUUAACCAGACUACUAACAUGCUGACGGGGGCGCAGAUGGAGGAGCCCUUCAACACCCUCACCCUUGGGCCCCUCACUCGCAGCCACCUGCUGGCGGAAUUCACCUGCACCGCCGCGAACUCUAACCUGACGAAGCCUGCAGUCCUUCAGAUCACCUUGGAAAUGAGCUUGCCCCCGCUUACUGUGACCAUCCAGCCUCCACAAUCGAAGGCUCUCAAGGCAGGGCACUCCUACCAAGUGGCGUGCGUGGUGGUGGGCGCGCGGCCUCCUCCUGCCAUCACCUGGUGGAGCGGUCAUCAACAGGUGCUCGAGGCCACAGUCACGAGUUCAGAGGAAGGCAACGUCACUACAAGCCAUACCUCUAUCACCCCUUCCUCCCGAGACGACGGCUCCUUCCUGCGUUGCCUGGCCGAGACCCACGGCGCACCAGCCACCUUAGAGGACAUCUGGCCCCUCGAUGUACACUACGUGCCCCAAGCGACGUGUGGCUUCGGGGCAUCACUGGACGUGGCGAACAUAAAAGAAGGGGAUGACGUGUACUUCGAGUGUACCAUCCUUGCCAAUCCGAGGACAACGAGGGUCUCCUGGCGCCACCACCAGAACACUCCACUAGUGCAUAACGUGACGGCAGGAAUCAUCACCAGCAAUCAGUCUCUUGUGCUUCAACGAGUGGUGCGGCAACAGGCGGGUCUCUACUCGUGUAUUGCCAAGAAUGACAUCGGCGAGGGCGUCUCCAAUUACCUGAGGCUUGACGUGAAGUACGCGCCAGUGUGCUCACCUGAACAAGUCACCACGUAUGCAGUCGGUAGGUACGAGGACGCGGAAGUUACCUGCUCCGUGGACGCAAACCCGCCACAGGAUUCAUUUCAGUGGACGUUCAACAACACAGCGGACACUAUAGACGUGCCUCAGGGUCGCUUCUCGUCCUCCUCCACUCACAGCGUCAUCACCUACACUCCCAUGACUUCACUGGACUACGGGACGCUUCUGUGCUGGGCCGCCAAUGAGAUAGGGAGUCAGAAGGAGCCGUGCGUCUUUCACAUUGUGCCAGCUGGGAAACCGGAGCGGCCAGGAAACUGCACAGUGGAUAGAGGGACACCCACUUCAGCGAGGGUGCGGUGUGUGGCCGGUGGCAGCGGCGGGCUCUCCCAAUGGUUCCUCCUGGACGCUUCUCGCCAGGGUCGCAGCCACUCACUCAACCUCACCGCUCAGGACACACCGGAAUUCCACAUAACGGGACUUUGGCCUGGGGGAACUUACCAGCUGGCGAUCAGAGCUGCUAACAAUAAGGGUCUGAGUGCCGCUACUCGCCUCACGCUCGCCAGCGGGUCUAAUGCCUCAUUAUAUCACCUGCACGACGGUCCCUUCGAGGCGGAGGUGCGUGACGCGGGGAACACUCCAGGAGGCGAGGCUGAGAACGGCAGGGACAGCCUCACGUUCUUUGAUUCCCUCACGCUGCCGCCCGUCCUGCUGGGAUUGCUGGGCCUCGCCUCGGCUGUGAUGCUCCUGCUGAUCCUUCUGGUGCUGAUGGUCACUCUUCGCCGCCGCAGGAUGCCUCAGCUGGUUCCCUUGACGGAGGCCUCGCGCCCCCAGUCCUCUGCCAGCAAAGAGUCUGGCCAAACCCCCGCCAUGCACUCGCCGCAGAGGAUCAGCACGUGUCUGGAGGAGGAUUUGCAGGCGCCAUCAGAGGGAGAGACGAACCCCGACCUAGUUGCGGUGCGGCAGGGUUCUUUCAGUGACGGCAGAAAGGAAGCAGGCCUGGCAGCCACCCUCCUGCCUCCUGAACGCUACCAAUACGAUGCGCUUCCCGGCAUCUUCAGUGGGGCACCAAGAAGCAGUACGUCAGGUCAGCCAGCGUCCCUCUCCCCUAGGGAUCUCCUCCCGUCAAGUCUUCACGUCUCGCACCCCGCGUCGCCCAGUAGCCACCACCGGCCCAAGGUGUGAGGACGAGGACCCAAGGCUCCACGUGGCCCCUGCCAGGUACGGGAUGAAAUGCGCAGCAUGUGUGUGAGGGGAAGGUGCAGAGCCACGGCUGGGCAUGAUGGAGGUGCUGCAGGUGUGCUUCAGCCUCCGCUUUCUCCCCGGGGUGCUGGCUGCAGGUAAUUGCUGUGCCUCGUGGUCCGUCAUCCAUGGAAAUCACGUGAGUGUUGCAGCCAGGCAAAUGAGGACCAUGGGACCCUCUCGCUAACCAGUACCUGACGACCUCUAGAGAAGAACGAGUCGUGAAAGUAGUGACUCUUCAUGCUGGUGCCUCAGUACGAUACGAGCAUCAGGUGGACCAUUACUCGUUCACCAUGUAGUGUCAAGAAGAGAUGGACUUCUAAUAUUACUGCGAUUUUACUUCCUUCUACCAUCUCAUUGUUACUUUAUCACAAUGGAAUCUUCGCCUCUUAUACGCCAGCCCCUACUGCUUAUCGUGAAACAAGAGGACCGCCAUCUAAGUCGAGGAGCUGUGAUUUUUUAAUUUCCCAGGAACAAAAAAGUUACCACUGUGUGUAAAGGGGCACUGGGUGGGCGGAAGAUGUGGGUGUGGUUGGGUGGGAGUGUUGCUAAAGAUUAAAAGUCAUCUGUCACGCUAUAAGAGAUAGCAAACAGACAUUGUAUGAGAAAAUUACAAAUACAGAUUGUUCAAAUUUCCAUGAUUAGUUUGUAGAUUUACUUUUAAUUCCUUUGACGAAACUGUGUAUGUGAUCUUUCUUCCUUUCUAUGUUUAGUAAUGAUAAGCUUCAUACGUAUACAGUAUACUGCACACUCUGGUUGGUGUGGUACUGCAUCAAGUUUUAAUCUUUGACACAAAUUAUUGCUGAGUAUAUUUUUAUAUAGAUUUGUUGUUAGUAUGUAAGUUCCACCUUAUGAGACGUGCAUUUCUUUUUAUAUUUUUAUACAUGAACAUAAUCAAUUAAGUAUGUUUGUACUAAAAAUAAACAAUACCAAAA